CCGACCUCCCCAAUAUGGCGCCUAGGGCCGACCUUCUCAUCAUGGCGUGCGGCCCCGCCCGCCUUGCCGCGGUCACCGGCGGGAGCAGUUCCGGGUACGCUGCGCGCCGGGGGCGGUGUCCUGGCCAUGGCCGGCCUGUCGGACCUGGAGUUGCGGCGGGAGCUGCAGGCCCUGGGCUUCCAGCCAGGACCCAUCACCGACACCACUCGGGACGUCUACCGCAACAAGCUGCGCCGCCUGCGGGGGGAGGCCCGCCUGCGCGACGAGGAACGGCUGCGGGAGGAGGCCCGGCCGCGGGGCCCGGAGCGGCUGCGGGAGGAGGCCCGGCUGCGGGAGGAGGCACCGUUGCGCGCCCGGCCGGCCGCGGCCUCCCAGCGGGCAGAGCCCUGGCUGUCCCCGGCGUCCCCGAGCGCGGCCCACCCGACCGCGGGAGGCUAUGGAGCCUGGGCCGGGAGCCGCGGGCUCUCCUACGCCGCCCGCCCCGCGCCUCUGCGGCGCCGCGCCUCGUUCCGGGGCAGCUCCGAGGAGGACGAGGACGCGCGGCCGCCCGCCAGGCCCACCCUGGGCCCGGCCCGCCGCUGGUGGGCCUCGUCCCCGGCCCUGGCCAGGCCGCUGGCCAGCCUAGGCCCCGACCCGCGCCCCGGCCUGCGGGCCCCGCGAGCGGGCUCUGCGGGAGCAGCGCGGGCCCGGCCCGAGGCGGGGCGACGGCUGGAGCGCUGCCUGUCUCGGCUGCUGCUCUGGGCCAGCCUGGGGCUGCUGCUCGUCUUCCUGGGCAUCCUCUGGGUGAAGAUGGGCAAGCCCUCGGCGCCGCAGGAGGCGGAGGACAACAUGAAAUUAUUGCCAGUGGACUGUGAGAGAAAAACAGAUGAGUUCUGCCAGGCCAAGCAGAAGGCGGCCUUGCUGGAGCUGCUGCACGAGCUCUACAACUUCCUGGCUGUCCAAGCCGGUAAUUUUGAGUGUGGAAAUCCAGAGAAGCUAAAGAGCAAAUGCAUUCCCAUUCUGGAAGCCCAGGAAUACCUAGCAAACGUGACCAGCAGCUCCUCUGCCAAGUUCGAGGCGGCGCUGACCUGGAUACUGAGCAGCAAUAAGGACGUGGGCAUCUGGUUGAAAGGGGAAGACCCGUCCGAGCUGGUGACGUCCGUGGACAAGGUGGUCUGCCUGGAGUCUGCCCGGCCCCGCAUGGGUGUCGGCUGCCGGCUGAGCCGCGCCCUGCUCAACGCGGUCACCCACGUGCUCAUCUUCUUCUGGUGCUUGGCCUUCCUCUGGGGGCUCCUGAUCCUCCUGAAGUACCGAUGGCGGAAGCUGGAGGAGGAGGAACAGGCCAUGUACGAGAUGGUGAAGAAGAUCAUAGAUGUGGUCCAGGACCACUACGUGGACUGGGAGCAGGACAUGGAGCGCUACCCGUACGUGGGCAUCCUGCACGUGCGUGACACCCUCAUCCCUCCACAGAGCCGGAGGCGCAUGAAGCGGGUGUGGGACCGCGCUGUGGAGUUCCUGGCCUCCAACGAGUCCCGGAUCCAGACGGAGUCUCACCGUGUGGCUGGGGAAGACAUGCUGGUGUGGAGAUGGACUAAGCCCUCCUCCUUCUCCGACUCCGAGCGGUAGGCCCGAGCAGGGCCUGUUCCAAGUCUGCCCCCGGACGCCCCAGGGCAGGGCGGCCGGACCCGUGGUGCUGCAUUCACACUUGCCUUGACUGCUCCCCCAGGGCGGGAGCCGGGUGAGCCCAUGCUCUGUACCCGCUUCGCUGGCAGAAGAGGGGAGAAGGACAGACAGACACGGCAGCAGCUGUGGGGCCCGCAGAGCCAGCGAGCGAGGCUGGCACCAGCUCGGCCAGCAACAGUGACAGGCGGCUGCUGGGCAGUGGGUCGGGACCAGGACGGGGCGGCAGGGCCGGAGCAGCUUGGUCCAUGUGCCUUUGGGGUUGCCUGGGAGCUCUGGGGCAGGGGAGAAAGCCUGGCCUCAGGCCGGGGGGUGCUUUCGUCCCAACAGCAAGAUGCUAGUUAGAGCCUGUGACUGUAGGGAGCUGUCCGGGAGCCGGGCCGCGCGGCCCCCAGGUCCGAGUGGGCUUCUCCGAAGCUGCAGUUUCACACCAGCCCUGCAGCCAGGAGGAGAGGCGGGCCGGUUCCGGGGCGCUCGGGGCCGCGUCAGGGCUGAGCGCCUCCCCGCGCGAAGCCACCGCCUUGUACUGUGACCGCGGCUCUGGCGGAGCGGGGCGCCGCGCAGCCGCACACUGCCCCCUGUCGGCCGCCGGAAGCCGGUGCCCUAGGACAGCGCUGCGAGAGCCUGGUGUCCGCAGGCAGGAGCGGGCCAGCCCGAGGCGGCCUCCCCUCCGGAAGACUCCUUUCUGGGCUUAUUGGAAUUUUUGUCUCCUUAAUAAAGCUCCAGUCGCCCUCA